UACGGCCAACGUUUCCGAGAAACUUCGGAAGCUGGCCUUUUCCGUUUUCCGCCAUGGCUCCGGAGCCUCAUCCUUAUUUUUACUUUGCAGUAUUCUAUACCAACACUUAAAAUGAAUGCUUCGGAGCAGGAGACGGCAACAGCCAGCACUCUUUUGCAGUCCGGAUUUCCAUUCUGCCCAUUCCCUCAAUACCAACUGGAAGACCUCCCCACCGAGGGAGUAUUGGAAUGGGUGGAAGAGAAAUUGGAUGCAGGCCAACCAUUUGUCGUACGCGGGUUCGACAGACUCGAUACCUGGGAUGCUGCACUACUCACCAGAGAGAGCCUUUUUAAUCUUCUAUCCUUGGACUCAAUCCUUGUUAGAAACUGCCAAACCGGACGCGAUAUCCGCGCUUCGGUGCAGGAAUUGCUGCGUUCCGAAAGGUCUGGCCGCAAGGAGAAGCGUAGAAUUCGAGAAUCGCUCUAUGCGAAGGAUCUACAAUGUCCCCCGCGUUGGGCUGAAUCGCUAGAUGCCCUCCUGCCAGAACCAUUUCGAUGUCUUGGGUCCCUCGACCUUUUUCGGGUUUUACCCAAACAUAUAGCCCCAGAAGUCUUUAUGGCAUAUGUGGGCACGCGGAAUUCAUUUUCCGGAUUCCACAGAUGUUUCAGCGGCACCGUUGCUUUGAACUUCUUACUCGAGGUUGACGGCACAGGCCCCGGUACAGUUUGCUACGGCACAGAUCGGGAUAGCCAGGAAAAAUACAAUAUAUUCACGGAAAAGCUAGGACUAUCUCCCCACACCGACUGGGUGAACAUUUUGCCAGCGCAGAUGAAACCCGCAGAUUUUCCAAUCUACGUCUAUGAUCAAAGACCAGGUGACCUGAUCAUAUUCCCCUCGGCUACUGCACACCAGGUGUGCAACCUGGCCCCGAGCGUUACGAAAGUUGUCUGGAACAUCCUUCAUCUUUCCUCGCUCAUGGCGUUUCGGCAGGAUGUCCAGCCUGCGUAUCAGCACCAAUGUCAUGCAGAUACUGGCCGGGUACCAUUAGUACCAUUUAAUAGCUUACACCGUGCCUUUGAAUCCAAAGAGCACUAUCGCACAAACGAACUUACUACCUUGGCAGAUAUAUUCCAAAAACUCGUAGAUGACCAGAUCAUUGAGCGCGAAAUAGAUACUCCUAUGCGGCCAGUUGAUCCACAGAGUGGUGUGAUUGAGUGCAAUUUCUGUGGCUCAACGAUCUGGAAUCGCCAUCUACAUUGCGACGAGUGCGGCGACUUUGAUCUCUGCAUGACCUGUUUUAUAUCUGGUCGCAGCUGCAAACAUACGCCCGCAUACUCGUGGGCACAGAUCGUGCCAAUCCCAGAAUGCAAAGACCUUGUGAAGCACGUUUGGAACAUGUUUGGGCUCGCUCCUAGACAUUCUUUGCCUGCCAGUUCCAAAUCACUCGGGACCUUGGCUGCUCAAGCGGUGCUCACUCGUCAAGAUUCUACGGAACGGCUAUGUCAUCUAUGCAGGGACAGUCAUCCACAAUGGAAAGGCAUUUCCUGUGAACGGUGCUCUUCUUUCUUUUGCUAUCGCGGCCUUUUCCGUCAUUUUGAUAUCGAAACCAUCGCCUUGCUACGAAAUGUAGGGCCAUGGACCUGUCCAAAAUGCUCUAGGAUUUGCAAUUGUCGCUGUUGUCAUUUCCCUCAGCCAUACCAGCGCAAACACCGACCAGCCGGUCCCCGUGUCAAAGCAAUCGACUCACGUGGCUCCGUCUAUGGAUUCAUGGAUAAUGUAUUCGACCACAAAAGAGGGAAAAGGCCGACCGCCGCUAUUGAAGAUACUUCGACAUUAUCGCAGGAUAGUCCACAAGGGCAGAAACGGCCGCGCACUGAGAGCAGCGACAUGCUCCUCGAUAUUUGGAAACAAGAUCGGUUCAGAAGACCCAGGUCAAGGAUAUUGACCAAUAGAACCAGUACCUCACCACUUGGACUUCCUCCUAUUUCCGAGCUGCCCGGCAUGGGGUCUACCAAUUCUCGGAUCGAGGCGCCUGUCCGCAUCAGCGAUUUACUCGUCCAGCAGGGGAGCCUGCCCACAAAUGAAGGUGCUGACCGUCGAGCAUUCACUUCUCCAAGCUCUUCAGCACAUAACGCCUCUCCAAGGUACGAAGCUAGGUCCGGUGGUAUCACCGUAACUCCGACCAGGCCCGAAAAGCCUCGCCCCCACGCCGUAGCGGGCCCCCAAACUAGCGCGGUGCCUGGACUGGGGGACAUACAUUCCCUUGAGAAACGCCUAGAGGCCCUCCGCACCUAUGCAAACGGCCUUCUGGAACUGUCACUGACAGACUCCCACACCCAAGUUCUCGACCGGAUCCAACAGCUGCAGGGGCAAGUUGAAGCGGCCAAGAGAAAGAAAGCGGAGGCUCUAUUGAGUAGUUUACGGACGGAUUUUCCCGAUUUGGCUGACGUGGCCAUGGAAGAAGCACGGCGGCGGGGAGUCCUGCAGUAAAUGAUGCCAAGAGAGUCCCACUAUCUGCUUACAGGCCUUCCGAGAUUGACGUGUAUAGUUAUAAGGUUAUGGUCUGUUUCCGAGCGACAUUUUUAAUCAUCCUUCCCCGCU